UUUAUUCAUACAUUUUUCACAUUAUUGAUAGUAUUGUUAUAAAAAUUUCUGCAAAUUGCUAGCAAAAUGAUUAUAACUGACAUAGCCAAUAACUAUGCCUUUAUUGAAUUGCUGGCUUUUUUUUUAUUUCAGGGAACCAAGAGUUGAACCAUUUAACAUGAAUAAGGUAAAUGAGAGCAUCCCAUGGGAAUUUAUCCUGUUAGGUUUCUCAGAUCUACCGUGGCUAGAGUUUCCACUCUUUGUGGUGUUCCUGGUUUCCUAUAUCUUGACUAUCUUUGGCAAUCUGGCAAUAAUUCUUGUGUCACAUCUGGACUCCAAACUCCAUACUCCCAUGUAUUUCUUUCUUACCAAUCUGUCUCUCCUGGACCUUUGCUACACCACAAGUACAGUUCCACAAAUGCUGAUAAAUACAUGCAGCACCAGGAAGGUAAUUAGUUAUGGUGGCUGUGUGGCCCAACUUUUCAUUUUCCUGGCCUUGGGUUCCACUGAAUGCCUUCUCCUGGCUGUCAUGUCCUUUGAUAGAUUUGUAGCUAUUUGUCGGCCUCUCCGUUACUCAGUCAUCAUGCACCAAAGGCUCUGCCUCCAGCUAGCAGCUGCAUCCUGGAUUAGUGGCUUUAGCAACUCAGUAUUGCAGUCCACCUUGACCCUUCAGAUGCCACAGUGUGGCCACAAAGAAGUGGAUCAUUUUUUCUGUGAAGUCCCUGCUUUGCUCAAGUUGUCAUGUGUUGACACAACAGCAAAUGAGGCUGAACUAUUCUUCAUCAGUGUGCUAUUCCUUCUAAUACCCCUGACACUCAUCCUUAUAUCAUAUGCUUUCAUUGCUCAAGCAGUGCUGAGAAUACAGUCAGCUGAAGGUCGGCGGAAGGCAUUAGGGACAUGUGGCUCACACCUAAUUGUAGUGUCACUUUUUUAUGGCACUGCCAUCUAUAUGUAUCUGCAACCACCAUCCCCUGCCUCCAAGGACCGGGGAAAGAUGGUGUCCCUUUUCUAUGGAAUCAUCACACCCAUGUUGAACCCCCUUAUAUACACACUUAGAAACAAAGAUGUAAAGGGAGCUUUUAAAAGGUUGGUUGCAAGGGUCUUCUUGAUCAAAAAAAAAGAAAACGAUAGGCCUUGCUAAAGACUUGAAAUUUACUUAGCUAAAUAAUCUAAUUCUCUCCUGGUUGCUCUAUUUUUGCUACUUUUAGAACUAUUAUGGUGAUCGUCCUCAAAUAAAAUUUCAUUGACAGAGAACAUAUUUUUUUCCUACUGCCUAAAGGUAUUCAUUGCACAAGUCCCCAAAACGUGUCUUUUUAGAUUCCCAAGAUAGUAUAACCUUAAAAUCUUUAAGGUCUCAAGCUUUAUACCACGGUUUGUAUACGUCAGGAAAAGUAGACAUCUUUGAGACUAGAAUAAAUGCUAGGAACCCUUUCUCCAGAAGCAUAACAUUUUUAUACACAUACAAACAAAUUUGCACAUACAAACACACAUGUAAAAUUUUUUUCAUAUCAUUGUAGGAGGACUCACCAUCCACAGCCCUCUCCUCUUAA